UUGACUUCUCAAAAUUCUUAUGAGUCUUCUCAUUCUUUAUGCUUCAAGAAUCUCUCUCUAUAUGUAGUCCUAAGCUUAUCCUCAAUACUCACCUCAUCAUUUCUUCAAACCAAUGGCUUCACUUCUCCUUCUCCUUCUUUCACUCUCACUUGUCCAUUUCACUCUACCUACCGGAGACACCCACAUCACCGAAAGAAAAUCCUUAGAAAUCAUCAUUGGAGGCGGUGGCAAUCCACCGCUGUCACCUUCACCAGAACCGGAACCUGAACCAGAAGAUUGCCCUCCACCUCCUCCUCCUCCAUGCCCUCCUCCACCUCCUACUCCUCCAUGCCCUCCUCCACCACAAUCCCCAAAACCACCAACACUUCCACCGCCACAGCGGCCACGUUCACCGCCUAAACCGCCCAAAGGAGGUAAAUCGCCGCCAAAGCCGCCGGGCCAGCCACCGUUGCCGCUACUUGGCUUUGAGAGCCCACUACUAGAGAAAGUCUUCCCAGUCCUCCAAGCUUUCAAGAACCUAGUGACACGCGAUCCAAAGCAUAUUCUUAAGACUUGGAAUGGCACCGACAUUUGCAACAAAGACAAAUACCUCGGACUUGAAUGCGCAAUAUUCCCAAAUACAACUAAUAAGGCACUCGCGAGCAUCCAGUUUAACGGUUAUAACUUCUACGGCAAGAAACUCGUGUUACAUAACUUCCUAGACAAGCUAGACACAGUCACCAUCUUUCACGCAAACUCCAACUUCUUCUUAGGCUCUGUGCCUGAAGUCAGCAACUUGAAAUACUUAUACGAGCUCGAUCUAAGCAACAACAAACUCACCGGAGACUUCCCGGCUUCUGUCUUGAAAGCUAAAGAUCUCACGUUUCUUGAUCUCAGGUUCAAUACUUUCUCAGGCUGUGUUCCUCCUCAGGUCUUUAAUCUUGAUCUUGACGUCUUGUUCAUCAACAACAACAAUCUUGUUCAGAAACUUCCAUCCAAUCUUGGCUCCAUCACUGCCCUUUAUCUCACAUUCGCCAACAACAGGUUCACGGGUGAAAUUCCCGCCAGCAUAGGCAACAUCAAGUACCUACAAGAAGUCCUUUUCUUGAAUAAUCAGCUAACCGGGUGUUUACCCUACCAAAUUGGAAAGCUAAACCGAGCCACUGUCUUUGAUGUUGGGUUUAAUCAGCUAACCGGUCUAAUACCAUACUCUUUCGGUUGCUUAGCCAAGAUGGAACAACUCAAUUUAGCCAGAAACAAAUUCUAUGGAACCAUACCAGAGAUUGUAUGCGAGCUUUCCAGUCUCAAAAACUUCUCUCUCUCCUACAAUUACUUCACUCAGGCCGGUCCAAAAUGUAGAGAACUCAUCAAGAGAAACAUUCUCGACGUUCGUAUGAACUGUAUACUUGAUCUUCCAAACCAGAAAACGGCAACGGAAUGUGCUACCUUCUUUAUGAAGAGACAGACUUGCCCUGAUCUCAAGUCUAUGUAUCUGAUCCCUUGUGGUAAGAAUCCAAACGGGGUUAAACUGGAUCAAGAGCGAUUGGAGGUGAAAGAAGCUCAAGCUUCUUCUCCGGUGUCUUACGGGGUACUUACCCCCGACGGGGUUCGGAACCGAUAACCUUUUCUAAAUCAUGUUUAUACGUAUAUCGAUGUAUUUGUGGUUUCCAAAUAUAAAUGAAUAAAUGCAUUUGUUGUGUAGUUACGAAUCAAACGUUCCUCUAUUUUACAACAGUUUACGCAUCUUUCAUUUUGUAGUACACUUUCUUCUUUUGGGCUUUAACUG